UGUAAAAGGUAUGUGUCCACAUGUUGUCUGACAUUGAAAAUCAGCUCAGCAAUCCCAUCUUCCUCAUCCAGCUGUCCCCCUGGUAUUCCCAAAUACAUCAUGCUGGGAAUAGUUCAUGCUUCAGGAAGUUGCAGUUUCCUUCCAGUAUUCCCAAUACUUUGGAAAAGCACAGGGGGCAAAUCUCACAGGCAGCAACAGGCAGAACAGGAAGCUGUGGAGAGCAAGAAAUUCUACAAAUACUCUACUGAGAAAGAGCUCUUAAAACUAGAUCAAAAGUAAGGAAGUGUAUGUAUGUAAAACUUAAAAUAUCUGUCCUUCGUUACAAGCAUGUGGUUAAAUGUUUUCCUGGUCUGUAUUGUAAAGCUCUACAGCUCUGUAACAUUUCUCUUGAAGUUUCUCACUCUUCCUACAGCCAUAGGUAGUGUACAGGAGGGUGCCUGGAGACUGUCCACACAGGGAUAAAAGCUCUAAGAAGCCCUUCAGCAUUUAUUUCUUUUCAUUUUAACACUGUGUGCGAGUGAACCACUUCAAACAGUGUUCAGUGUGAUACCCUGCCCUUGCCAGGGGCACAAGGAGGACUCGAGGCUGCAGCACACCGAGGGAAGGAAGGGAUGCUGACAGCACCAGGAGCUGCCUCCACCUCUCACACAUCUUGUGCUGCUCACUCAGCAGCCACACACCCUCCACUUCUCCAAGCGACACGGGUCGAGGAUCUGGGGAAUCCCCCUGAUUUCACUAGCCAUGUCCAGCCUUGCUUGGAGCUAUUUUGCAUACAUGGUCCUGCGCUAUAAAAAGCUUUUGCCUCCCGGGAGGGGUACAGAGCCUGAGAGGUGGAAGGCAAGAAACUUUGACAGAGAAGAGCCUCUCCUGGCAGGGCUGGGACACCUCUCACAAAAGCACGGUAAGAAGCACCAUGUCCAGGUGUUCAUUCUGUUAUUCAUUUACUGCAGCUCACAGGUAAAGUCAUUAGAUGGCAAACUAUAUCUUUUUUCUGCAUUAGGAGCAAAGUGUGGGACUCAGUCUCCUGCUCUAGUUCCAGGCUGUCCAGCUGCCCUGAAAACUUUGUCCCUCCUUUCUGCUGAUUUGAAGGUUUGUGCAUGUAGCAGGAAACACUGUCAGUGCUAUCCACAGAACCCGUGGUGCAGGACACAAAGCACCUGCCUGCUCUGAGUGCCACUGAAGGGAAAUAAGUGUUCCCACAUCACACAAGACAAGGUUUCAGCACAGUGAAGUAAAACCACAAAAAGAGCAUACAAAAUGCUGUGCCCCUGGCAGUUUGUGUUCAAAUCUCACACUGCCAAGAGCCGCUACCCCAGAGAGAAGGAUAUCAACAACAACGUGGAGAGAAAUAGGAAGAUCCAUGGCUCAGAAAAGGAUGAUGCCAAAUUGCACAGUCCAAGCAAGAAGCAGAUGGGGAGGCCACCUAUCAUAACUUCAGCAAAGCCCAGUGAGGGAGGAGAGAAUCUUCCUUCAAAUGACAUCAAAGUUUCAAACCAAAUAUCAGGAUGUCCAAGGCAUGUGAGAGUAAGAAACUUGGAAAAUGGAUCCAGCUUUCUUGACACACUACACCUGACUGCAAAAGAGGUUAUCAAUUGCCAGACCAAAGUCUGCCAAGGGUCACUCAUGACCCCAAAGGGCCUGGUGAGAGGUACCAGAGAUGGGCCAGUUCCACCAGAAGAUCUUUUACCUCAGGCAGUAGACUUCCUUAAGCAGUACUACAGUUCGUUUAAAGAGCCAAAAAUCAAAGAACAACUGGGCCGUCUGGAAACAGUGGCCAAGGAGAUAGAAACCUCAGGAACCUACCAGCUGACCAAGGAUGAGCUGACCUUCGCUGCCAAGCAGGCCUGGAGGAACGCGCCCAGGUGCAUCGGAAGAAUCCAGUGGUCCAAUCUGCAGGUGUUUGAUGCACGGGACUGUAAAACAGCCAAGGAAAUGUUUGAGCGUAUCUGCUGUCAUAUUCAGUAUGCCACAAACAAUGGUAAUAUAAGGUCAGCCAUCACGGUGUUCCCGCAGAGGACGGACGGGCAGCACGAUUUCCGUGUGUGGAACAGCCAGCUCAUCCGCUACGCUGGCUACCAGAGGCCAGAUGGCUCAGUCCUUGGAGACCCUGCCACUGUGGAGUUCACACAGUUGUGCAUCGAGCUUGGGUGGAAGCCGAAAUAUGGACGCUUUGAUGUACUUCCACUUGUUCUCCAAGCAAAUGGCCAAGACCCAGAAAUAUUUGAAUUACCUCCAGAAAUUGUCCUCCAAGUGCCAAUGGAGCAUCCAAAGUACGAGUGGUUUAAGGAGCUGGAGCUGCAGUGGUAUGCCCUGCCUGCCGUGGCCAGCAUGCUGCUGGAGGUGGGAGGGCUGGAGUUCACUGCCUGUCCUUUCAAUGGCUGGUACAUGGGCACAGAGAUCGGGGUGAGGGACUUCUGUGACACCCAGCGCUACAACAUCCUGAAGGAGGUAGGGAGGAGAAUGGGACUGGAAACAAACAAACUCUCAUCAUUAUGGAAGGACCGAGCUGUUGUAGAGAUCAAUGUGGCUGUGCUUUACAGCUUCCAGAAACAGAAUGUGACCAUCAUGGAUCACCACUCAGCCUCCGAGUCCUUCCUGAAGUACAUGCAGGGCGAGUUCCGCGCGCGGGGCGGCUGCCCGGCAGACUGGCUCUGGAUCGUGCCUCCCAUGUCAGGCAGCAUAACCCCCGUGUUCCACCAGGAGAUGCUGAACUAUGUCCUCACUCCCUUCUACUACUACCAGGUGGAUGCAUGGAAAACACAUGUGUGGCAUGAUGAGACCCGGAAGCCAAGGAAAAAAGAAAUAAAGUUCAGCAUCUUGGCAAAGGCUGUGCUCUUUGCAUCCUCUCUCAUGCAAGGAGCAGUGGCCACCAGGGCCAAGGUCACCGUGAUCUACGCCACAGAGACGGGCAAGUCAGAGACACUUGCCCACAGCCUGUGCAGCCUGUUCAGCUGUGCCUUCAGCACUAAGAUUCUGUGCAUGGAUGAGUACAACAUUUGUGACCUGGAAAAAGAAACACUUCUUUUGGUGGUUACUAGCACUUUUGGAAAUGGAGAUUCUCCAGGUAACGGAAAGACCUUGAAGGACUCCUUGCUCAGACUGAAACUGCUGAGAAAUAAAAUCAGAUAUGCUGUGUUUGGUCUGGGGUCCAGCAUGUACCCAGAGUUCUGUGCCUUUGCUCAUGCCAUUGACCAAAAACUGGCCCAACUUGGGGCUUCCCAGCUCACUCCAGUGGGUGAAGGGGAUGAACUCAACGGGCAGGAAGAAGCUUUCCACAGCUGGGCAGUCAGUGCUUUCAAGACUGCCUGUGACAUCUUUAAUGUCCGUGGGAGACAGAGUAUUCAGUUGCCUGAGAUCUACACCUCUGAGGAAAGCUGGGACCCCACCAAUUACAGGCUAGUGCAUGACUCCCAGCCCAUGGACCUGGCUAAAGCCCUUGCAAGCAUUCAUGCCAAGGAUGUAAUUCCCAUGAAGCUGAAAUUCAGGCAGAACCUUCAAAGUUUGAAGUCCAGUCGUGUUACCAUUCUGGUUAAACUUCACUGUGAGACUACUGAGGAGGUGCACUACCUUCCUGGGGAGCACAUUGGGGUUUUCCCAGGCAACCAGGCAGAGUUAGUUCAUGGCAUUAUUGCACAUGUCAAGGAUGCCCCUCCAGCUGAUCAGACUAUCAGGCUUGAAACCUGCAUUGAUGGUGGAUACUGGACAAGUCACAAAAAGAUUCCAGCCUGCACACUACCCGAGGCUUUGACAUACUUGCUUGAUAUCACUACUCCACCUUCCCAACAACUGCUAAAAAAGCUCUCCCAGCUGGUGACAGCAGAAGGAGACAAGCAGAGGCUGGAGGUGUUGUGUCAGAGCACAGAAGAGUACAAUAAAUGGAAGUUUUACAACAGCCCCAACAUCCUGGAGGUGCUCGAGGAGUUCCCCUCUGCUGAGGUCUCCACAGCUUUCCUGCUGACUCAGCUGCCAUUUCUGAAGCCCAGGUACUAUUCUGUCAGCUCCUCCUGUGACAUGACAGCCAGAGAGAUUCACCUGACAGUUGCAGUUGUAAACUACAGGACAAGAGAUGGAGAAGGGCCUUUGCACCAUGGAGUCUGCAGCACGUGGCUGAACACAAUAGAGCUCAAUGAAACUGUUCCCUGCUUCAUCCGCAGUGCUAAUGAGUUCCACCUCCCGGAGGAGCCGGCUACGCCCUGCAUUCUGAUCGGCGCGGGCACGGGCAUCGCUCCCUUCAGGAGCUUCUGGCUGCAGCGCCUCUACGAGCUGGAGCACAGAGGGCUCGGAGCAGGGGACAUGACCUUGGUGUUCGGCUGCCGGCAGCCAGACCUGGAUCACAUCUACAGAGAGGAAACUGAGGAAAUGAAGAGAAAGGGAGUCCUGAGAGAUGUCUACACAGCUUACUCCAGACUGCCUGGCCAGGAGAAAGUCUACGUCCAGGACAUCCUGCAGAGGCAGCUGGAGGCCCGUGUGUGUGAGGUGGUGCACGGGCAGCAGGGCCACGUGUUCGUGUGCGGGGACGUGCGCAUGGCGCGGGACGUGGCACGGGUGCUGCGGGCACUGCUCGCCCGGGCCCUGCGCCUCAGCCAGCAGCAGGCAGACGAGUACUUCCAGCAGCUCAAGAGCCAAAGGAGAUACCAUGAAGAUAUAUUUGGGGCUGUGUUCCCACAUGAAAUCAAAAGAUCUUUGCAACCCACCAGCUGAAGAGCAAAUCCACGUCUGGUUUAGAUAAUACUUGCACAUUUGUUGUUAUUUUCAAAGAACAAGGAGUCAAAUCCUCCUUCUUAUACUUGUUUAAUUCAUGCACGUGUAUAGGAUGGUAGGAUUUGAUUCUUAAGCCUCAGACUUUAUUAAGCAAAAUAUUAAAUUUAACUUUUGUUGCUAUUUAUUCUGACAUGCUUUUAAUACAUUAUCUUAAUAGUAAAAGUGCAAAUUAUUUUUAUUACUGCCCAUGCUAGUAUCAAUCUGGAGGUUUUUGUACAUACAAGGAAAAUGUUUUGUACUAAGUUAACUAGAGCUGCAAUCUUUUUUUUUUUUUUAAAUGUACUGUUUAUCUUUUUGAGCUUAUUUAUAUCAGAUUGGUUUACUUGCAUAUUAUCUUCACUUGAAAGAAGGUGAAUGGAUGGUUGUGUUGCUGGGAGUUGUCUGGCCACGUGCCUGGAUCUGGAGCAGUGUUUGCAAAUGAGAUAAUAAUGUGCUGGUCCCCAAGUGGCAACACCUGCUGCAUCCACCUCAGCUGUAUCUGCUCAGCAGGGAGCAGUGGUGAAUUCUGCUUGGUGGGACUCGGGUACAUGAACCUCAGCUGUUGUUGUUACAGAGCCUAUAGCAGGAAGAUUGCAAAAAUUCCAAAGCACUUUGUACAUUUGUAUUCUGCGCUCUGGUUCACUUGAUUCAUUUGUAAUAAAAUCUGCCUUUACACUGAGACAAAGUGUGUGGAUCAGUGAACCUCUUCUUGCUCUUGGCUCCAGCCUGCAAAGGCAGAGGUAACUAAAUCAGCUCUCAGGUUGUGGUGAGGUGGGUUUGGGCUCCAGCCAAUGCUCCUCCCUGAGCUAAG